CAACCAAACUUUAGUAUCGCUUCGACCCUUAGCCGAAGGACAGUGCAUACAUAUUAUAAACUUGGUGUCAUAAACGGAUGGACACUAUUAAUGUGACUUUCGCUUGACUCUGAGAAAAAGCAAAAAAAAGGAUAUAUCAGAGUGUAAGAGUGAUUGAUAGAAGAUCGUGAGGAUUUUCGAUAGUACUGUCAGAAAAUAUAAGGAAGAAACAAAGAGAAUAAUCGUUUGAGAAGAUUGUUAUCAACGAUGGAGACUAAAAUGGAACCUCUUACGCCACCACACACACCACCGUCGGUGGACAGAUCGAUGCAGCAUCAUCUUCAAAUGACCUCUACAGUACCAUCGCCCCGUUGGAUCAGGUCGCAACAGAUGUCUGGUAGAUUCGUUCACCAUCAUCAUCAACAACAACAACAACAACAACAGCAACAACAGCAACCACAACACGUGCAAUCGACUCAACAAAAUAUCGGUGGUUAUCAAGCAACCACUUUUUUGGACAAUUGGCUGAGAGGUGCAGCUCUGUUAGCUGUUAGAGGAUGUUGUCCGCAAACCUCGCCCCAUUAUCAUCAUCAUCACCAUCAUCAUCAUCAUCCUCAUCAACAACAACAUCAACAUCAUCACCAAUCUCAUCAAGCUUUACAUCCACCACUUCCGGUACAACCACCGGCACCCUUCCUCACGCGAAAAUUGCCUGGACAACGACCGAAAAAACAAUUCAUUUGUAAAUUUUGUAAUCGACAAUUUACCAAGAGUUAUAAUUUAUUGAUACACGAACGUACGCAUACGGACGAGAGACCGUACUCGUGCGAUAUUUGCGGAAAGGCAUUUCGUAGACAGGAUCAUCUUAGGGAUCAUCGAUAUAUACACAGCAAGGAGAAACCAUUCAAAUGUGCGGAAUGCGGGAAAGGAUUUUGUCAGAGCAGAACACUAGCGGUUCACAAGAUUCUACAUAUGGAGGAAUCGCCCCACAAAUGCCCGGUCUGUGGGAAAAGUUUCAAUCAGAAGAGCAAUCUGAAGACACAUCUGUUGACUCACACUGACGUUCCUCAGGAUCUUAGGAUCGAGAGCACCGUCUUUGGAGAUUCGAGAGUAACGAGUUCAACGACGACCGUUAGACAAAUGGCCGAAAGAAUAGGAACACUUAGAUCAAAUCAAAGGAGCAGUACAGCCCCACCAAAACUUGGAUUUAGUAUAGAAGAUAUAAUGAGACGUUAAAAUACCUACGUACAUUAUAAUUCGUUAGGUAAUUACGUAUCUCUUGCUUCUUUUUUUUCUACAUUGUUGAAGAGAUCAAGCUUGUUUAUAAAUUCAGUGUUCUUUUUUCUUUUGUUAUUGGAUUCAUUAGAUGGAUUGAAUUUGAUAUAUACAUGCGUAUGAAGAAAAAAGUAUCACGUUGUACUCGUUGUCGUUUGUAAAUAGAUUCUUAAUCGUAUAGAUAAAACGUAUUCUGCGUUCGUUCUUGUCUUGAACGUACAACUGAGUAGGAGAGGGGAUAAAUAUUAUAUAUGAAUAAUAAUCAUAUAUAAGCAAGACAGUAUUAAUUGACAGACUAAAGAUAUUAGAGAAUCGAUACGAUUUAUAAAAUUCGAUUAGUUUAGCAAAAUCGAAAUGUUUAUUCGUAGUACUAUUAAUUCUCGAUAUAUGUAUAUAUAUAUAGAGAGAGAGAGAGAGAGAAGGACGGAGGGAUGGAAAGACGAGACGAGAACCAUGUAUAUCGAGUUUUUAUUUAAGCUCAUGUAAAUAUUGACAUUGUAUAUAUGUAUGUUAGUGUUAGUUUGAUAGAUUACACGCCAUAUUACUAUUAUUAUAUUAUUAAACGUUUAGGGCCAAUCGUGUAAUAGAAAAGUCAUUGGACAAUUAUUUACUACUAUGUAAUAUUCCAAUCGAUAUUCGUUGUGUAUGUAUGUAUAUGUACGUACGUAUUUACGUACGUAUUUACGUACGGGGUUGUGUUUGAUAAUCAUAGAGGACUAAGAUACUAUAACAAUUUCUAUCAAUAAUAACGAUGUCACGUAAUCAUCGAGGAACAGUCGUCGUUCUCCGCAGCGUUAAGACGGAUCAAAAUUUAGGAUGGCGUCAAGUCUGAACUAUGUAAGUAAUUACUCGGCCCUAAUUUACUACUAUGUAAAUUCAAAUCGAUAUUUCUUACGUAUGUACGAGUUUGUGUUUGUUAAACAUAGUCGAGUAAAAUACUAUGGCAAGUUUAUCAAGAAUGUCACUGAAAUCUUUGAGUCAGUCGCGUCGUUCUACGGGGAGUUAGGACAGAUGAAAAUUUAAGAUGCUGUUAAGCCAAGGCGUCAAAGUAAUUGCUCGAUCCUAAAAUGGACAUGCAACGAUCUCUAUCUCUUAGCAUAGAAGCCACAUAGGACGUUUCCUGUCGGUUGUAUCGAAGGCGUUAAUCGAGUUUCCUUUAGGAGGUAUCUCUCUUUCUUUUUCUCUCUAUUUUACUGUUUUCCGUAAAAUUAGGAAUUCUCGAUCAGAUAAGAACCCGCGUGUAAGUGCGACGGAGAGAGAGAAAGAGAGAGAGAAAGAAAAGGGACACCUCGUUGGUUAUCUGCGUCUCACCUUUUCUUUUUCUCUUUUUUUUUCUCCCCUUCCUGUCUUCUACAGUGACCUGUAAAUUAGUUCCAAAGCUCGACCAUUUCUUUUCUUUUAAUCUAAGAAAGAUAACUCUCUCUCUUUUUUUCUCUCUCUCUUUCUCUUCUAGACCACCCACGUAUAUUCUAAGCGUAUUACAUAUAUAUACUUAAGUGACCACGCGCGACUGGAUUUGCUUAUCUUCGAUACAGGAGUCCUCUCAUUUCUUUAUCUCUUUCUUUUUCUUUUCUUUUCUUUUCUUUUCUUUACUUUUCUUUUCCCUUCUUUUCUUCUCUUCUCUUUUCUUUUCUUUUCUAACUUAAAAAGGAUCACGUGUAAGGGUAUCUACUAAGUGUAUGUAGAGAUAAUUUAUAUAUCGUUGUAUAUAAUUCACUCCCUACGCUCUUCUUCUCGUCGUAGUAAUAUUAGAAAUAUAAUAGAAAUAACGUUAGUCGUCGCUCUGGGAUCUUUAUCAAUCAAGUCUCAUCAAGUAUUUAAUAAUA